AUGUCCGCUGAACAUGGAGCUGGUGAGCAUCCGACUACAGUUAUUGAAGCAUCACAAAUAUUUACACGACGACCAGUAGAGCAGACUCAAGUCAGCAACAUUUAUAGAGAGCGAGCCAAGGAGUACAUAGAAUUGCACGAUCAAGUUCAGACGAGUGUUUCCUUGCUUGAUAACUUGGAGUCGUUUUUGUCCACUUUCCAGAAGGACCUUGCAGCAGUAGCUGGACAGAUCUCUGAACUUCAGGAUAGGAGUAAAGAUAUUGACAGCAGACUGAAAACAAGAAAGAGGAUCGAACGGCCAUUAUCAAGUCUCCUGUCAGAGAUCACCAUACCGCCUUCACUGGCUUCAACUAUCCUGGAUACAAAUGUCGGCGAACCAUGGAUAGAUGCCAUAUUUGACUUCGAGAGGAGGAUGACCACGACAAAGGCACGGUCCAGAGUCAAGGCUGCCCGCGAUUUAGGUGAAGUUGUUGAAGGAUUGCGAAUUGUGGCUGCCACAAAACUGCGAGCCUUCUUUCAAGCACUGUUUCUCCCAAUUCGAAGUAGUGUCACCACCAAUAUGCAAGUUAUACAAACAUCCGUACUCCUGAAAUAUAAUUCUUUGUUUGGUUUCCUCCAACGUCAAGCACCCGCUGUUGCGACAGAACUCCAGCGAGCGUAUGUUGGUGCUGCCCGUCUAUACUACGAAACUGGUUUCCGGCGGUAUGCCAGAACUUUGGGUGUCAUCAAGACCCGCACCAUAGAAAAAUUCGAACCACUGGUGAACAUUCAUUCAGAACCCAACAUCGACCUCACGCGACUUCAGCAUGCUAAAAUCGAUGGCCCUGGAGUCACACUCGCAUACAUGGCAGACGACAAAUCUUAUAAAGAAAGCGUAGAAUCCCUUCUACGAUCACUGCUUCUAGUUUUCAUGGACAAUGCUACUGCAGAAUAUUCAUUCGUUUCCACUUUCUUUUCCAGCCAAAAGACACUACCUCCCACUGAGGAAGCACCGCCAGCUACAGCUGCUUCGAUUUUGUCGCCUGAUGGAGGAACGUUUACUGAAUUGCAGUCUCCUUCUGACUCCGAGUUCGGAACCCCACGCCCAAUGUCUAGCACUACACCUGGACUUGGGGGUUUUGUAUCCUUUGUUGCCAAAUCAAAAGAAGAGCAAGCGGCAAUUGAUACAAUAUGGAAGCAGGUCAUGGACCCAGUCAUGGAAUAUUGCACUGCUUUCGUGAAAUCAACACUCGAUCCCACUCCUCCUGCAAUUCCUCUCCUUACUAUGAUCCGCCUUGCAGAAGAUGUUGUCGCCGAAAUUCAAAAACGACAUUGCCCCCCGGCUGAGGUAUACGUGUUCGGUUUAACUCUUCAAAUGUGGCCAGUCUUCCAGAAAGGAAUGACGGAGCAUAUCGACAGCUUGAAGAAAUUAGCCGAUGGGUCUGGUUCUGGGUAUUUCACUCGAACGUCAACGACGACCACCGAUGCAAAGGUUGAAAAUAUUUGCGGGCAAUACGUUGUUUUCUUUAAUUCGUUCGUAUUUUUGACAGACAACGAAUCUGAGAACAUGAUAUUUUCGAACCUCCUUCGACUGCGACAGGAAAUCGCUAAACUCAUCAUCCGGCACACCACUCAGAUGAGUGAUACCCUGUCGCGCGCUAAAGAGCAAGCCAAGUACUAUGGGAUUUUGCUUCAGGGGCUAAGUAAGGGCACACAUCACACAGCUCACCUCAAGCUGCAACAAGAGAUCGCCCAUUGGGCUUAUUUGGAGGAAGAAACGAAAAGAAAAAUCGUAUCAGCUGGGCAGUCUAGACAAGGACGUUGA